GACUCAAAACCAAUAAGACUGUGGUGGUGCACGUUAUGGAGAAUACAUACCACCUUGAAUUAUACAAUUUCCCACAUGUUCUGAAGCCAUCUUUAAACUUUUCAAUACAUCUGAAAAUAUCCAGGUACGACAACGAGCCUCUGACUCCAGAGGAUCGGAUGAACUCUGUGUUCAUUGACAUCGGUCACAGAACAUCUAAGCCCAUCGGACAGAACCAGGGAGAAACCAACUCCGAUUCACCACAAGGCAAGAUGGAGGACAUAAAAAGCUAUAGACGCUUGACUCUACCAGUGCCUGAGGAUGGGAUCGUACACAUUGAGUUCCAGUUACACAAACAAGUAGAGAUGCUUUUCAUUCAGGCCAUGUUCAUGGGCAGUGAGGAGAGCCUGGAGCUCUACAAUAGUAACCACUCCUCUCCCAGUGGAUCAUACAUCCAGAUCCAACGCCUCCGCUCUCCACCACAGAUUGGAAAACCUCUUCCUAUAUCUGUAGAGAGCACUUUCCAACUCACUGAGCUUCACUAUCUGGUGACGUCCAGGGGUCAGGUGGUGGCUGCUGGGACAGCAACCUCUCCCUCCUUCUCUCUGACCCCUGCAGUAUCCUGGUCACCAGAGACCUGCAUCACUGUGUUCUGUGUCCUACCAGAUGGAGAGAUCAUAAAUGACUCCAUGCACGUCUUCAUCAAGCCCCAUGGAGUCCUACAAAAUGAAGUAUAUCUGAGCUGGAGCCAUGAGAAGGUGAUGCCAGGUGAAGAGGUGUCCCUCACUGUCCUUGUGAUUGAACCUGGCUCUCUGGUCGGAAUCAUGGUGGUGGACAAGGACUCUGACUCUGAUGGUGACAUCACAGAGGAGAAGGUGCUGGCGGAAAUGACUGACUACCUCAAGGAGGAGAUAACCCUUCACCAUAGUGGAAUAACUGGAGGGAACGACAGCCCGCUCUCCGUUUUCACGGCUUGCAACCUUGUGGUUUUAACAGAUGCCAGUUUACAUACAACUGGAGAUUAUCAGGAGACUGAAAUUGAUCAUGAGGCGGAGGAUCAGCCAGAGCGGAGGCCCUCCAUGGGACAGGACUUCUCUAAGACCUGGCUGUGGCUGGACAUGAACAUCAGUGAGUCAACAACAACUAGUUUCCAUGUGGCUGUCCCAGACAGCAUCACCUCCUGGAGAGCAAUGGCGUUUGUUAUGUCAGAUAACCUGGGCUUGGGCCUCACCUUUAAACCACAGAAGCUGAUAGUGUCAACGGAUUUCUCCCUGUCUCUCGAUGUCCCAGAAUGCAUCACCAGAGGAGAGCAGCUUGUCCUCGAGGUCAACCUCUUCAACCAUCUAGAAGAGGACACGGAGGUCAUAGUGGUGGUUGCUGAGAGCUCUCGCUUUGACUUUGUUCUGGCAGACCGAGACCUUGUUUCUAUGGUGAACGCACGUAGAGUGACAGUGGGGAGCCAGGGCGGCGCCACCGCUCUCUUUCCCAUCAGGCCUCUGGUUUUUGGAGAGAUAUUGAUGUCUGUGAAAGCAAUGACUGGACAGGCCACAGAAAAGAUUGUUCGUAAAGUGCUUGUGAAGCCUGAGGGUAAAGAACAGUCCUUCUCAGAGACCGUGUUUCUGGAGAUGGUUCCGACCAACCGUAACCUGUCCAGACAGCUCCACUUCUCCUUCCCUCCAGAUGUAGUGCCAGGCAGCGAGAGGGCUCACGUGGCAGUGGUUGGUGAUAUCUUGGGCCUGUCCAUCACAGGGCUGGGCUUGCUGGUUAAGAUGCCUCACGGCUGUGGAGAGCAGAAUAUGAUCAACUUCGCUCCCAACGUCUAUGUCCUGCAGCGCUUGGCGAAAUCCAGCCAGCCAUACGAGGAGAUACGCAGCAAGGCUUUGUUAUACAUGAUGGAAGGAUAUCAGAGAGAGCUAUCUUUCCAGAGAGAUGAUGGAUCCUUCAGUGCCUUUGGAGCCAGCGACACUUCUGGUAGUACCUGGCUGACAGCGUUUGUCCUGAGGUGUUUCCUGCAGGCCCAGUCCUUCAUACAGAUUGACCAGAGUGUUCUCUCCAGGGCCAUGGGCUGGCUGGUCCAGCAGCAGGGAUCCCAGGGAGAGUUCAUCGAGAUGGGCAGGGUCAUUCACACUGAGCUACAGGGAGGCCUGGAUGGACCCGUCUCUCUGACCUCCUAUGUACUGAUGACACUGCUGGAGGACCAGGCCUAUAUGAGCAUGUUCCCCGGCAACGUGUCCCUGACCAGGAGCUAUCUGGAGGGCGAAGUGGCUAGCGGGGUGUCCAGUAACUACAGCCUGUGUCUGGCGGCAUACGCUCUGUCUCUGGCUAACAGUCUCACCGCAGGCACAGCCCUGGAUGAGCUCAAGAGCAGAGCUGAUAUUAGAGAUGGGGUCCAGACCUGGCGGUCGUCCAGUGCCGAGGUGUCUGACUCAUGGCAGCCGCGCUCAGCAGAGAUAGAGAUGGCUGCCUACGUGUUGCUGGCGCUGUACAAGCGGGCUAGUGUGGUGGAGGCCAUCUCCCUCAUGAAGUGGCUGAGCCAGCAGAGGAACCACCUGGGGGCAUACGGGAGCACACAGGACACAGUGGUAGCACUACAAGCCCUGUCUGUCUACGCUGCCUUUAGUGGGGCAGAUGCCAUUGAUCUGGGGGUCGAAGUGUCCACCUCAGUCUCACCUACAGUGUCCCACUUCAACAUCAACUCCACCAACUACCUGGUACAUCAGAGCAAAGAGAUGAAUGUGUUCUACAACAUAGAGGACAGAGUGCUGUCUGAGAGGAGCCAAGAUGACACAGACCAUGAAGGUUUCUCUCUGGACGUUGAAGUGUUAGAUGAUGAGGAUGACCUGGACCACAUCAUGUUAUCCAUAUGCACCAGGCUGCUGGAGAGCCAGAAGAUAGCUCAGACAGGUAUGGUGCUGGUAGAUGUGGGUGUGCUGAGUGGCUUCACCCUUGCGCCACAGGCUGUUGCCACGGGCGACCUGGUCAGAAAAGUUGAGGCUUCUCCUGGGAAAGUUAGCCUCUAUUUAGAUUCAUUGACCACAACACAGGUGUGCAUCAGAAUCCCAAUGAUAAGAAACUUCAAAGUGUCACAUGUGCAAGAUGCUGUGGUUCAGGUGUACGACUACUAUGAACCAAGGCGUAAAGCAGUGAGGUCCUACAACUCCGACGUGAUGCAGGACAUGGGCUCCUGUGCCUUCUGUGGGAGAGACUGCGGUCUCUGCAGGCAAGAAAUAAUUAUCUCGAGCUCCUCCACCACCCACACAAAGAACACUGCCAUCUACUGGUUGGGAUGUGUACUGGUUGCAAUUAAAGCUUUACUGUUAUAACAAUAUCAAUGUCUCGUGGACAGAUCUACGUAAACAUAACUGGCACCAUAGAAUCUAUGGGAUGCGUGAGAUAACAUCAGAACUACUGCUGCUCGCUGAGUUUUUUUCGUCACUAGUUAUUUGGACAAAUCACGAUUUGGCAGGUGUUAGCGUCUUUGGAAUUGUGAAUGGGAGUGGACAUUCGGCUCGUAACUUGUAAAGAGAGAGGGUGGAGCUCCUGGUUCUAGCAUUUCUUCAUCACUUUUGGACCCAGAACUUCAUCCAGCAGCUGCCCAAUUACACAAGACUUUAGUUCUAUGUUAACUGAGAUUAUAAUAAUAUAAACCGCUUAUUUUAAAAGCCGUUGUCAGAAGGCAAAAACUACCUGUAGAAAUACCUAAUUAUUAUUCUAUGAAUAGAUUUGAUUUACUUAGCCCGAAUCAGUAAAUUGGUCAAAUCAGACUGUUUUAUUAGCUAUUUGAUGCGCUGGAUUUAAUGUGGAAUAUACUUUUUAUAUUUAUCAUAAAUCUGUGUUUUUUAGUAACCUCAUUAAUUUGUACACUUUGAUACAAAAAUGUAAACAAAGUCAAAUAAAUUGAGGUGAAUAAUGAAGAUAUAGUUUGCAGGACAUAGUUUUCCAUCCACUAUUAUGAGUUACUUGGCAGACUAAAUGACUCAC